AUGGGCUGCGGCUCGUCGGUCGCCCUUGAUCCAGACCCAGUUCUUCCAGUGCACAAGGAGCCAGAGCCGGCUUCCAUCCAGAAUCUGGAUGACAUUGACCCAGGCGAAAACAUUCCAAAGGAGGAUUUGCCUGAGUGCCGAUUGAGAAUUUUCCAUGUAAAUGAUGUUUACACUUUGGAGAACUUUCCACUCCUUCGGAGCUGCAUCGAUGCGAUGAGCGAGGGCCUGCCCAAAUCCAAUGUGCUCGUGACCUUGGGCGGUGACUUUCUCGGCCCCUCGCUUCUGUCUUCGGUAGACCAUGGUCGAGGAGCUGUAGCGGUCAUGAACGCGAUUCCUGUGCAUGCAGUUUGUUUUGGAAACCACGAGUGCGACGUCCCCUUUCUCAGCAUGUGCCAACGAGUGCAAGAGUUUCAGGGCGUUUGGCUGAAUUCCAAUAUCCCAACAUUCUCAGAAGAAAAAGCCUUAAGCUCUCUGGCGGACAACCAUGUGAUGCAGCUGGCUGAGGGUAGGUCCGUCGCACUGAUCGGACUUCUUUGUGGCGGGGGCAAGGAUGCCAGUCUGUACAGACAGGGUGCUUUCAACGGACAUGCUGCGAAGAUAGUGCCGGUGCUAAAGGCUGUGGAUGGUGCAGUGGCACGUGUGCGCACAGCACACCCAAAUAUUGACUGUAUCAUCCCCAUGACGCAUCAGGAGAUGCCCGAUGACAUAGAAAUGACAAAGCGCGGACACAAGUUUCCGGUGAUUUUGGGUGGACACGAUCACCACGUCUUCAACGAGGUGCAUAACAACACUCAUAUCGUCAAGGCAGGAGCUGACAUCUUCAAUGUGGCCGUGGUCGACAUCGUGUGGGACAAAGGACCUGCUGGAUCUGAACCGACGACAGUAAGCGUCCAAAUGGUCCCUUUGGCAACUCCACCGAAGUACAACGGACCUCCUCUGGAGUUGGUCUACAAGCCUGAUCCUGCAGUUUUGGAGGAGGUACAGAAGAGGCAGAGGCCCGCAGAAGAGCUGAAGGAGGCAACGUUGGCAGUGUUUGAAGCAGACGGCUCUCUCACAUCCAUGGGUGUCCGCCUCGGAGAGCGCAGCAUGGCCACCUUAAUCUGCACAGCCUUGCGAGAUGUUGCCGGCGGAGAUGGAGCCGUAAUCAACGCUGGCAGCAUUCGUGGAAACAAAGCGUACACCGACGGAAAAGUACGGUUUGCCGACUUGAAUGCGGAAUGUCCGUAUCCUUCAUCGCAAAUCGUGGUGAAGAUUCCUGGUGCAAUCCUUUUCGAAGCUAUAGCAGAAAGCCGUGCACCAUGGCGUGGUGCAGCAUCGGCAACGCACCAACGUGCAGACUCCGCGGGCCCAGGCGCCUCAAGAGAUGCUCUCCACUGUGAUGACGGAAUGAAGGUUGACCCGAAUACUUCCAUGGUCUUUGAGGUUGCCGGACAGCCUUUCGACCCGGAUCGCAUGUAUCGAAUUGUGAUUGAUUCUUUCAUAAUGCGGACAAAUGUUGUUUUCAAGCGGUACGCAGAAGCUCAUCCCGAAGAGAUUCCCUCCGAUGAGUCCGGGCAGCCAGCUCUGCCGCUGUUGGUGCAAUAUUUCUGCAACCGAAUCUGGGCAAGUCUUUGUGAUGUGAACAAGGACGGUACAGUGGAGAUGCAUGAGAUUGAUGAGUUUUUUGACGAGGCUGACACAGAUGGGAAUGGCGAGAUUGACCUAGAUGAGCUUAUGGUAGCAAUGUCUUUCAGGCUGGGUGAUUUGGAUGUGAGCAGAAUACUUGCUCAACAGUGCAUAGGCUUUGCAGAUGCCGACAAGAACGGCACCAUCAGCAAGCAGGAGCUUCGUACGUUCAUAGAAUCAGAAAUUAUCAAGAGAUGA